GAAAAAUACUUAAGAAGCAGUAAAAAGGAAAAACGAAAGCGCCCACUCGAAAAGUGUUUCAAAAACCCUCCCCCCCUACCUUCUUCUCCUCCGUCACCGGCAACGACAGCUGAAACUCUGAAAGUUACGCUUCAAAAAUCUAUCUCACAUUUACACUACAACCAUAAAGUUUUCUUUCUCUCUCACCAUUUGCUCAAAUUUUAACCAAUGGAGAGAAGAAGAUUCGACGAAUCCUCUGUACUUCCUCACUCUGUUACCGUCGGUUCCGGUCUCCGGUCUUCUCCUCCACCUCGUCCUCCCAAUUACACUUGUCGCCGAGUUCAGGGAGCAUUGAAGCACUUGGCGUCAAUUGAUCCAUUGGAAUUAUGUGAUGAAGCCAAAGUAGAGCACUGCCGGGCAACUAGAGAUCUAAGAAGUUGUGGACGACAUGUACAGAGUGUGUUGAAUUCAUGCGGUCAUGCCUCUUUAUGUGAGGAAUGCAGCCAGAGAUGUGAUGUUUGCCCUAUAUGUAGGAUCCCUUUACCAAAAGAUGCCGAUAGACUUCGACUGCGCCUAUAUUACGAGUGCAUAGAAGCAGGUCUCAUCUCCAAGAGGUGUGAUGAUAGAUUACAAGAGAAAGAGGACAGUGAUAAACAACUGGUUGCUGAUAUCCAGCGGCUUUAUACUUUGUUUGAUGUGGCACUGGAAAACAAUCUGGUUUCUCUAAUAUGCCACUAUGUGACAGAUGUUUGUAUGGAUGAAAGUGCUGUUUCCAGUGAUCCCAUCAUUGCUUUCUUGCUUGAUGAGGUGGUGGUCAAAGAUUGGUGCAAGAGGACGUUCAACAAUAUUAUGACCGAGAUUCAAGUGAUAUAUAAUCUAUCCAUGAAUGCACUGAAAGAGAACUUGAGUUUAUUUCUCAAGUUCUCUGUCAAGUUAGGUGGUAUCUCUAACGUCAUUGAUGUCUUGGAAUCAUCAUUCAAAGGUUCUCUUUCUGCAAAGCUUCAUGAUUUACACCACCUUCAAGAGAGCAUCUUAAAGACAAAACAGCACAUGGAUAUUGUGAUUUGGUGUAUAAGGCAUGAGUUCUUGGAGAAUGUGAGGUCUAGGCAUAGAGAUUUUGCAUCUUGGCGAGCUCUGGUCAGUGGAAGGAAAUCAGCUGCAAUUAAACGUGCAUGGCCCGAUUCAAUAAAUCAUUCUGAGGAAUCCAAUGGACAAUAUCGUUCCACUCUCUUUAUUGAAGAUGCUCUUUCGAAUAUUGAAGCAGCAGAGCAGGGAGACGUAGAUGAUCAUGAAGAAGAGUUAGCACUUGCCUAUUUGCAGAAGGAUGGGGGUUCUUUAUAUUCGCGGUCAAAAAUAGAGGGAAUGGCUGGAUGCUAUCCAUUUGAGAAUUUGCGAGCUGCUGUAGACAUUCUCUUUUUACGAGGAAGUUCAGACUUGGUGGUUGCAAAACAAGCAACUUUCUUGUAUUAUAUGUUUGACCGGCAAUGGACAGUACCUGACGAGGAGUGGAGACAUAUCAUUGAUGAUUUUGCUGCCACUUUUGGUGUGACCAGACAC